ACGUACGCGCUCUCUCUAUCAUAUAUCAGAUCAAAAUACAUAAAUAAAGACGCAGAUACGCAACCCUCAAAGCGUUCCGUGUUUGAUCAAAAAAAUUCACUUCAAUUCCCCUCAAAAUCUCGUCUAAUUUUUUCGGUGAAAUAUAUAACGAUACCAACCAACUUGGAAGAAAAUGGGUGGAGACGGGCAACCUAACGAGCACGACAAAGGGCUGUUUGGUAAUCUUGCUGGAUAUGCUGCCGGAGCUGCUGCAGGCCACUACCCUCCCCAACAUGGUGGCGGUGGAUACCCUCCCCAACAUGGUAGUGGUGGAUACCCGCCUCAAGGAGGCGCUUACCCACCACCGUCUGGUUACCCCCCACAAGGUGGAUAUCCUCCAGCCGGUGGUGGCUACCCUCCAGCAGGUUACCCUCCCUCUGGUGGCAGUGGCUACCCUCCGGCAGGGUAUCCUCCCUCUGGUGGUGGCUAUCCUCCACAGGGAUACCCACCUGCUGGCUAUCCUGGUCAAUCCGGCUCACACAGCUCAGGAGGACAUGGACCUGGUAUGGGAACAAUGCUAGCUGGUGGCGCCGCUGCUGCAGCCGCUGCGUAUGGAGUUCACCAACUAACAUCAUCUCAUGGUCAUGGAGGUCACAUGUCUCAUGGAGGCCAUAACAUGAUGGGUCCAAUGGGACACUAUGGUGGUGGCAAGUUUAAGCAUGGUAAGCAUGGUGGUGGUAAGUUCAAGCACGGGAAGUUUGGGAAGCAUGGAAAGUUUGGUAAGCACAAGGGAAAGCACUCUGGGUACAAGAAAUGGAAAGGACUCUUCUCGCUUGGUGGAUUCGGUAACGGUGGACACUUCCCUCAACAACAUGGAGCAUACCCUCCUCAAGGAUAUUAUGGUUACACUCAAUCCGGAUAUCCACAACAUGGACAUGCCGGUGGAUACCCGCCACAAGCCUACCCAGGUGCUUAUCAUUCAGGUCAUGGUGGCCAUGGUGCAGGAUUCUUAGCUGGUGGUGCAACCCACGGGGUUGGUGGAUAUGGAGCUCAUCAUGUUUCUCAUGGUCAUGGAGGAUCCCAUGGCUAUGGAUCACACGGCAAUGGAGGCUAUGGGCAGCACCAUGGAUGUGGAAAUGAGCAAGUUCGUGCUGUUAGCCCUGCCCCUGCCAAGUUUGUUCCACUGCAUGUGUUUGAAUUAACAAAGAUGGGACAUAAUGGAGAAAAAGGACUAUACUCACACCUUGGUGGAUAUGGUGGUGGUGGACAAUAUUACCCCCAACAACAUGGAGCAUACCCUCCCCAAGGGUAUGGUUAUCCGCAAUAUGGACAUGCCGGCGGAUACCCACCACAAGGCUAUCCAGGUGUACAACAUUCAGCUGGGCAUGGAGGACUUGGUGCGGGAUUGCUAGCAGCUGGUGGUGCAGCACUUGGGGCUGCUGCAUAUGGAACUCAUCACGGAUCACAUGGUUAUGGAUCCCAUGGCUAUGGAUCUCACGGUUAUGGAUCGCACGGCUAUGGAUCCCAUGGUUACGGAGGCUAUGGGCAUGGUAAGUUCAAGCACGGAAAGUUCGGAAAGCAUGGAAAGUUUGGCAAGCAUGGAGGGAAAUAUGGAAAGCACAAGAUGUGGAAAUAAUGAAUUCAAAUUGAACGCUUGUUUUGUUUGAAUCAGAUAUUAUCAAUUAUCUAUUAUAUUAUUGUGUUUUUGCUGUGAUAUCAAAUCGUUUGUAAUAAUCAAACACAAAAUAAAGAGAACAACUUUGCUGGAACCUUUAA